UUUUUAAUUAUGACCUAAAGGAUGUGGCAACAGUAUAGUAACGCGUAGACUGAGUUUUCCAUGUGAAUUUUAUUUUUGUCUAAAUUUAUAAACAUGUUUUGUUUUGUAUCCGAAUUUAAAGACUAUUGCGCAUAAAUAUGAAUGAGGUAAAAUGACACUGAAAACUAUUUUAAAGAAUUUCUUAAACUAUGCAGACACGUUGGAGGCUCAAAAAAAACUAGGCAAGGAUCUCUACGAAGUUGAUUUUCAGAAAUUGAAAGCUUUAACUGAGGAAUUAAAGCAUGAUAAUGAUUAUGCCUGCUCCGAAGGUCUUAAGGAAGUCAACAGAAGAAAAAACAGAUAUAAAGACAUACUUCCAUAUGACUACACAAGAGUCAUUUUGUCAGAAUAUCCAGGUGUUCCAGGAUCUGAUUAUAUUAAUGCUAAUUAUAUUAAGGGUGCAAGUGGGUCUUUGGCAUACAUUGCAUCUCAAGGACCCCUGCCAAAUACAGUUGUAGACUUUUGGAGAAUGAUUUGGGAAUGUGAAAUCCAAGUUAUUGUAAUGGCAUGUAAUGAACAGGAAUCUGGAAAAUAUAAAUGUGAAUGCUAUUGGCCCACUGAUGAAGAAAAAAAGCAAUAUGGAAAUAUCAAUGUUGAAUUUGUGAAAUGGCGGCAGGUUUGCCCAGAUUUUUUAGUUCGUACCCUCAAAGCAUGCUGGGAGAAUGAGGAAAGAGUGAUAUGCCAAUUUCAUUACACAACAUGGCCUGAUCAUGGAGUGCCAAAUUCAGUUCAACCUAUUUUGGAAUUAGUUCGCCUCAUUCGAGAUUGUCAAGCUUCUGAAGCCGUACCUGUUCUAGUACAUUGCAGUGCUGGGUGUGGUCGCACUGGAACUAUCUGUGCUAUUGAUUAUGUAUGGGGCUUAAUGAGAAUGGGAAAGUUGUCAAAGAAUUUCAACCUUUAUAAUGUUAUAGCUGACAUGAGGAAACAAAGGAUAGCUAUGGUGCAAACUAAAGAGCAGUAUGUAUUAGUACAUAAAGCUGUAUCAUCAUUGUUUGAGCAACAGUUGAGAGUAAUUGACAGUCACACUUAUGAAAAUUUGGAUCAAGAUGGAGAACCUUUAAUUUUAAAGGAGUUGAACCAACAGGAGGAGGAUAUAUAUGAAGAUAUUUUGGAACCACCUUUAACAGAAGAACCAUAUGCUUCUGAGGAAAGAAAAUUGCAGUCUUCCAAAAUAUUUCAUGAACAAGCAUCUGAAAAUAAAGAUAUGCCAUAUAUCUCUAAAAAAGAAUCUUCUGAAAAUUUACCUAAUUCUACAAAAUCUGCUUAUUGCAAAUCAGAGAAUGACAGUCGACAAAAUGAGGUCCAAGAUACAAAGAAUGCAGUCAGCUGCAACAGAGUUGAAAAUUCAAAGUCAGAACAUAACAUUAAAGUCACUGAUAAUGAACUUGAUAAUCUGUGUUCACGAAAUUCUAAAAUAUUAUUGAAAUUGUGCCGAGAAGAAAGUGUAAAAAGAUUAAUAUCUGGAUGGAACAAAGCAGUUGAGCAGACAGAUGAUACUAAACCAGUUCCAAAAGAAACUCAUGGUGAUAAUGAUGUCACUUCAAAAAGUCCUGUAACUAAAAAGUUUUCUGAUCAUUUAAUGUGUGAUUCAAAACCCCUCUCUUCUAAUGAUCUAACAUUUAUCCAAAAAACAGAUAAUGGGUCUGUUCCCACUGAUAAUCUUCACAAAAUAGACAUUUUAUGUGAUGAUAACAUUACGUCUGAUACUUCUCCAAAGACAAGUUCCCCUGAAGAUACUCAUGCUGGAAAACUUGUAGGAAAAGCUACUGUAAUAAGAAGACCCAGUAUUGCAAAAUUAAAAGCACUUUUUGAGAAAACAUCUCAAGGAAAUACAGAUUUUACAGAUUCUGCACGACAGCGAAGACCACUUUUUCGAAGCCACAGUCAUUAUGUUAGCCAUUCUAGUCGACAGUUUACAGUUUCUGAUGCUGAAGAUCAAAAUUUUAAUUCAAAUCAAGAAGUUGGAAUAUCUUCUGUCACUAGUAAUGAAGAAAGUUCAGCUAGGAAAGAUAAUAUUGGCCCAAAAAACAUAACUGAUGGUCACAUUGUUCAUAACUUUCAAAAUUCCGGCAAUACGAACAUUCAGCAUUUUAUAGGAAAUUGUAUUGUAGAAUCUGCUCAAGCUUCUGGUUAUUCAGAGCAGUUCAUAAUAGAUUCCAGUGCUGAAUUACAGAUUACUGAGGAUAAUAAGCAAAAGUAUUUAUUAAAGUAUAGUAAAUCAUCAUCUGCAACAGAUAAUAACAAAGAUCAUUCCACCAAUAGCAAAGAAAAUAGUUAUUCAACACAGUGUUUAGGAAACUGUAAUAAUGAUUUCCAUCACAUUGCUGAUGAAAGCAAACAGAAAACUUUAGUUAAGUAUCGAAUACAUUCCAUUCCGUCUGAUACUUUUAAAGAUACUGUCAAAGUCAGUUACCUGGAUAAAAAUCAACCAAAUGAAAAAGCAGAAUGCAUUAGUGAAAUACAGAGCAAUUCUGAAGCACUAGCUAAUUCCAAAAUAAAGCUAAGACAGUGUCAGUCUGUUACCUUUAAAAAAGAAAAGCCUCCUGAGUUACCAGUAAAGAAAAAACCUGCUGUACCUCUUCCUCAUUCUGAGAACUCUGCUGAAAAGAGUUUAGCUGAAAAUGUUGUGCCAAGAUUUCAGAUUAAUAUGCCAAAACUAAGCCAUGCAUUUUCAGAAUCUCAAAGUAAAAGUUGUAACACUUCUGUUUCAAGUGAUGCGACACCCAAUAAAGUCAUGAGCCCCCAUGAAAUGACAUAUAAGAUUGUUAAAAGUGCUGUGCCUGCUGCAACUAGUCAGGACUGGAAUUCUGAAGACUCUCUUCGAGAAUAUCGUAGACAUUCACAAGAAGUAGAAAGACGUGUGUUGCAUAAAAAUCAAUCAUUUUCUGAUCCAGAACAGAGUACCACUCGUUCUCAUGAUACUAGCAAGCAAGUAGUAAAACCAAAAUUGAGUUUAACUGAUGAGACUCAUCCAAAACUAGCCUAUUCUUCUGGGAAAUCUGCUGUAAAUGAUAAGUCAUUUUCUCCUGAUUGUACAUAUAUGAAUGUAAAUUCACUGGCCCAGAAAAAUAUACGCCAAAUAGAAGAUAAGCUACGCGAUCAUCCUCGUGGUGCUAUUAUUGACUUAACCUCCAGAAAGUCAUAUAUUGAUGAUAUGAAUACUACUACUGAAAAACAAUAUAUUUUUCGUAAUACUGUGCAACCUGUAAAAUUUUCACAGCGUCAAGAGACUAGAGACUUAACACCCCAAGGAAAAAGUAAUAUAAUUAGGCCUGAAACCUCUACUCUAAAAAGUACAUCUGCAAAAUGCUUUUCCUCUGUAUAUGGUCCUAAAACUGCUGAAUCUAAAACUGAAACUUCAAAAAAUGAUUUAGACAAUAUUAAUUCUAAAAAUUUACUUCUUCAUAGCCCACCUCCUAAGUCUAAACGUGGGCAUCCUUCUAAAGGUAAUUCCAUUGUAUCUUCUUCUUUGCCGUCAGCAAAUCCUGUCACGGAUGCCUCUCCAAACAGCAGUAAAAUUGCUUCUAAUGUAGCGGACAGCAGUAAGCAAACUAAUACGUCUUUUGCAAGUUCUUCAAAUACCACCGUUACAACAAGUAGUACUAGCACUAUGGCAGACAGAUCAGAUCCAAGGUAUUUUCCAGUGACACGCCAAACUGCUUCAGAUGCAAGGUAUGAAUGUGAAAAACAGAAAGCUAGUAGCAGAGAAAACUUUAAUGCUUCACGUACUGGAAAUUUAUAUGAAUCCCAUUAUUCUAUACAUCCAUCCACUUCUGUGUACCAUAAAUUGCCACUUCCUUAUGAUAAAACUGCUACAGAAUAUGACAAAUAUACACCUAAAUUAAUAUUAAAGGAUGUGAAAUAUGCUCAUGACAGUAACAAAAAUAACAGCUAUGAUAAAGAACCGUUAUAUGGUUUACAGAGAUCUACUUCUGGGCCACAGAUAUUGCCUUGUACUUCUGACUCUUCUCAAAAAAUAGCCGUCAGUUCAGAAGCAAAUAGAUCUUUUACAUUAUAUAAUCAAGUUAGUGAAGAAAGUAGAACACCUAAAUCUGCAGCAACUGUUGAGACUCGGCAGCAGUCACAUUAUAAUCAAAAUACUUCUUUUGGUUUGUAUGGUGCCAAUUGGGCAACAACAUUCAUUUCCACCAGGUCCUCCUAAACCUCCAAGAACAUUUCAUUAUGAUUUGAAAAGCAGCCAAGAAAGAAUUCCACAGUCUGAAGUGUACAAAGGUGACCAAAAUAUUAAAAGGGAUGGUGGUCGUUAUAUUGUUUCUGUUGCAUCACCAAAGCAUUCCAGUCAA